AUGGCUAACAUCGGCUGGGACGCAGGACGCAUUCACACCGCGCAGGUGUUGCCGCCUCAACAGGACGACCACGAACAGGAGACCAUGGACAAGGUCCAGGAGCUGUUUUACGCUUUCAUUCAACAGUUUCACAUCAAUGGCGUCUACAUCUACCGUGAUCAGCUGCGUCAAAACACUAUGCUGAAGCGCUACCUGCUGGACGUUGAUAUGGGACAUUUGAUCUCUUUCAGUCAAGAGCUCGCUCACAACUUGACACAGAGACCUGCAGACUUGUUGCCGCUGUUCGAGAAUGCAGUCAAGCUGCACGCCAAGAGGAUUUUGUAUGCCAACUCGAACAUGGACGUGGAGAUUGAAGACUAUCAGGUUGUGCUGCACUCGAGUGCCAACAUGAUCAAGAUUCGCCACCUCAAUGCCAACAGCAUUUCAAAGUUGAUUCGAAUCUCUGGUAUCAUCAUUGCUGCUUCCCCUUUGACCUCCAAGGCGACAGUACUUCAAAUCAGGUGUAAGUCCUGUUCAAAGACCAAGAGAAUGCCCAUCCAGGCUGGGUUCUCGGGAAUCAGCAUGCCACGCACCUGUGAUUUGAAUGUGGACGCUGAGGCGAAUCCGUCAGGAUGCGGCCUGGAUCCAUAUGUAGUUGAUCACGACAAGUCCAAGUGUGUGGACCAGCAGAUUUUGAAACUUCAGGAGUCGCCUGAUGAUGUCCCGGUCGGAGAGUUGCCUCGUCAUGUCCUCUUGAGUGCCGAUAGA